UAACAGCCCGCAGAUACAGGGCGGAUCCAGUGUCUAUGGCAACACAGGGGUAUACUGGGCAGUGAGUGGGCUGGGAAGGGGACACGGAGAGAUAUGGAGGAGCCGGAGAGCCCUAGAGGUAGCCGCCUGCCAUGGGAGUGCUUCUCCGCCUGGCUGGAUGGGGUGUGCGUAGUUACCUUCGAUCUGGAGUUGGGGCAGGCGAUGGAGCUGGUUUAUCCACAUAACACCCGGAUCACAGAGAAAGAGAAAACUAGCAUUUGCUACCUGUCCUUUCCAGACUCCUAUUCAGGGUGCCUGGGUGACACACAGUUCACCUUUCGAAUGCGUCGCUCUGCAGGGCAGAGAAGCUUAUUUCAAGAGAAUGAAAAAUACAAUAGAGAAGCUCCUGUUACAUUACAGAGAGAUCCAGCCCACUACUAUGGAUAUGUGUAUUUCAGGCAAGUGAGAGACAGCUCUGUGAAAAGAGGUUACUUCCAAAAGUCUCUAGUUCUUCUUUCAAGUUUGCCAUAUACCAAUCUGUUCCACACACUUCUGCAACUGAUUGCACCUGAAUACUUUAACAAACUGGAGCCUUGUCUUGAAGCUGUAUGUAACCAGAUUGACCGCUGGCCAUUUCCAGAGGCGGGACUUUCACUGUCUCUACCAAUCAUGGGCCUUGUUCUGCAGGUUAAAAUCCCAAACCAUGAUGAGCUAAUGGAGACAAAUGCUAUUACAGAUCAUCCCAAGGACCGCCUGGACCCUCCGUGUCACAUCUCCAGUAUCCAUGAGUUGGAUCUUUUCAGAUCCCUCCAGUCUGUGCUGAUGAACCUCCAGUUGCUAUGGGAGUUGGUUUUACUUGGAGAACCUUUGGUUGUUAUGGCACCUUCUCCCGCCAUUUCCUCUGAGAUUGUACUAGCUUUAACUGGAUGUAUUUCGCCUCUAAAGUUCUGCUCAGACUUCCGUCCAUAUUUCACUAUCCAUGACAGUGAAUUCAAAGAAUAUACAACAAGGACACAAGCUCCACCUAGUCUACUCCUGGGAGUCACCAAUCCUUUCUUCAUAAAAACUCUGCAGCACUGGCCACACAUUCUACGAGUAGGGGAACCCCGAGUAUCUGGAGAUCUGCCAAAGCAAGUAAAACUGAAGAAGUUAACAAAGCUGAAGACACUGGAUACUAAAACUGGAAUGUAUACUUCCUACAAGCCAUUUCUUCACAAAGACAAGACACUGAUCAAACAGUUGCUAAAGGGUCUUCAGAAGAGGCUCCCAUCUUCCACGUUGAGUUUAUUGCUUCGGAAACAUCUGUUUGAACUAACACAAAGCUUUAUGCUUCCAUUGGAGCGGUACAUUGGCAGUCUAAUGCCACAUCACAGUUCCAUUACACCUUGGAAGAAUCCACCUCAGGUGAGACCAUUCCAGCAAGAGGAGCUCAUGAAGAUGCUGGAACACACAGGACCUCAGUUCAGCUCUACAAUAAAAGGGGACUGGAUGGGGUUAUACAGGCGUUUCUUGAAGUCUCCACAUUUUGAUGGGUGGUAUCGUCACAAACAACGUGAGAUGAGAGAGAAGCUAGAAACCGCACAUCUCAAUGUCAUUUGUGAAGCAAACAUUGGAGCAUGGAUCAAGAACAAAUCAGAAGUGGAGAUUGUAGAUCUGGUGUUGAAACUCAGAGAUAAAUUGCUCAGGGCUCACAGACAACACCUUCCUGUCAGCUCUGCUUCUCUGACCAAGCUGAAACUUCACAUUGAUGAAGUAAUCCACUCACUUCCUGAAGAUCUGCAGAGCAUCUUGCAUCCUCAGUAAACAAUUUCAGUAGUAUUCCCAAAAGAUCUGUAGAGCAUAUUGCAUUAUAUAUGUAUAACAUCUUGAAUCAUUAUAAUCAUUAAAACUUUGUUGAGGGCUGAUAAGAAAAAAACAGAGAAACCCCCUUAUUUAGGAGAAACCUG